AAAAAUGUAAAAACGAAGGUUGACGGCGUCAUUUAGACACAGUUUAUAGCGGAAAAGAAAAGAAACGAUCAACGCAGUCAGGUGAAUUGAAUCUCGACAAAAAAGUGAAAGGAAAAACAAAAACACAACAGUUCCUAGAUUUACAUCCACAAACAGUCAUGGGAGGAUCCGGUCCUGAUGAGACUGCGGAUGUGAUUUGUGGCGUUUGUUGUGAAAAAGCUGUGAAGUACUGUGUGACCUGCAGCAGUUCCUACUGUCAGAUCCACAUCACUCAACACACAGACCUGCAGAAACACACACUGGUGGAUCUGAAACAACAACAAUCACAAGAUGAUUCUGAUAUUCUGCAGAGAGUCAAAGACAUUCAUAAAACCAGCAUGAAGAACAAGUAUGAAAGUUUAUUUGAGGGAAUCCAACUCCAGGAGAAUAAAACCCUGCUGGACAAGAUUUACACACAACUGUACAUCAUAGAGGGAGAAAGUGAAGGAGUGAAUGAAGAACAUGAGGUGUUACAGAUGGACAAGGAACCAAAGUCGCUGAAACACUGUAAAUCGAUCCACUGCAAAGACAUCUUUCAUCUCUCACCUGAAUCCAGAUGUGAUGAAGGGAAGGGAAAAGGAAAGAUUAAGAGCGUUCUUACUAAGGGCAUCGCUGGAAUCGGUAAAACGGUCUCUGUGCAGAAGUUCAUUCUGGAUUGGGCCGAGGGAACAGCCAAUCAGGACGUAGAUUUCAUGUUUGUGCUUCCAUUUAGAGAGCUGAACUUGAUUCGAGACGAUCGCUACAGUCUUCACAAACUCCUGCUUGACUUUCAUCCUGAACUUCAAGAUCUGCAGCAGAAGAUUUAUGAGGAGUGUAAAGUUGUGUUCAUCUUUGAUGGUCUGGAUGAAAGCAGACUUCAGCUGAAGUUUGCAGACGGUGAGAAAGUUUCUGAUGUGACUGAGACCUCAUCCGUUGGAGUGUUGAUGUCAAAUCUGAUCAAAGGAGAUCUGCUUCCUUCUGCUCUCAUCUGGAUCACCUCCAGACCAGCGGCAGCCAAUCAGAUUCCCUCUAAAUACAUCACACGUGUGACAGAAAUCCAGGGGUUCAAUGACGCUCAGAAGAAGGAAUAUUUCAGGAAGAAGAUCAGCGAUCCACAGCAAGCGAAAAGAAUCAUCUCCCACAUUAAAACAUCGAGAAGCCUCCACAUCAUGUGUCACAUACCGGUCUUCUGUUGGAUCUCAGCCACUGUGCUUCAGAAGAUCCUGAAAGACCCUCACAAUGCAGAAAUCCCUAAAACUCUGACUGAAAUGUACAUUCACUUUCUAAACGUUCAGAUAAAUGUGAAACAUCAGAAAUAUGAUGAGAGAGAUGAGAAAGAUCGAGAGAAACUCCUGCAGUCCAACAGAGAAAUGCUUCUGAAACUAUCAGAACUGGCUUUCAAACAGCUGAUGAAGGGCAAUGUGAUGUUUUAUGAGGACGACCUGAGAGAGUGCGGCAUCGAUGCCGCUGAAGCUGUGAGAUAUUCUGGGAUGUGCACACAGAUCUUUAAGGAGGAUUCUGUGAUUUAUCAGAAGAAGGUUUACUGCUUCAUUCAUCUCAGCUUUCAGGAGUUUCUUGCUGCGUUUUAUGUGUUUCACUUACAUUUAAUAACCACAACCGAGGCAUUGAAGAUCUUCGAUGCGCUUCAUACUUUGCUUAAAGGAGCCGUAGAGAAAGCCCUGGAGUGUGAGAACGGACACUUGGAUCUUUUCUUGAGAUUUCUGUUGGGUAUCUCACUGGAGUCAAAUCAGAGACUGUUACAGGGUUUACUGACCCACACAGAGGAGAGCGCAAAGAGCAUCCAGAAAACUACAACAUACAUUAAAAACAAAAUCAAAGAUGGAUGUGGUCUGUCAGCUGACAGGUCUAUCAAUCUGUUUCUUUGUCUGUUUGAAAUGAACGAUCAGACGCUGUACACCGAGAUUCGAGAGUUUCUGAAAUCAGAGGGAAACUCAAGACAUCGCAUCUCUGCCGCACAUUGUUCAGCGAUAGCCUACAUACUUCAGAUGUCAGAGCAGGUGCUGGAUGAACUCGACCCUAAAAAAUACAACACAUCUGAAGAGGGUCGAAGGAACCUGUUACCAGCCCUGAGAAACUGCAGGAAAGCGCUACUGGCUGGCUGUAAUCUUACGGAUCAGUCGUGUGAAAUUGUGGCUUCAGCUCUACGGCCCUCAAACUGUCCAUUGAGAGAGCUGGACCUGAGUAACAAUGACCUGCAGGAUUCAGGAGUGAAGAUACUCUGUGCUGCACUGGACAAUCCACACUGUCAACUGGAAAUACUGAGUUUAUCAGGCUGUUUAGUGACAGAGGAAGGUUGUGCCGCUCUGGCUUCAGCUCUGAGAUCAAACCCGUCACAUCUCAGAGAGUUGGAUCUGAGCUACAAUCAUCCUGGAGAGACAGGAGUUCAGCAGCUAUCUGCUCUACUGGAAGAUCCACAUUACAAACUGGACAAACUUAAUUUGGAUUAUGGAGAGCCCCUCAGAAUCACACCAGGAUUGCAAAAAUAUGCAUGUGAUCUCACUCUGGACCCAACCACAGCACACAAUCUGCUCAUUCUGUCUGGCGGAAACAAAAAGGUGACUUGUGUUGAAGAGGAGCAGUCAUAUCCCGAUCAUCCGGAAAGAUUUUUGCUCUUUGAGCAGGUUAUGUGUAAGGAGAGUCUGUCCGAACGCUGUUAUUGGGAAGUGGAGUGGAACGGCUGGAGUCACAUAUCAGUGACAUAUAAAGGAAUCAGAAGGCACGGAGGGACGUUCUGUCGAUUUGGACUGAAUCAGAUAUCCUGGAACCUUUACUGCUGUGACAGCCUUUACUCCGCCUGGCACAAUUUUGAGACCACCGAUAUACCCGCCCUUUCACCACUCUGCAACAAAGUAGGAGUGUAUGUGGACUGGUGUGCCGGGACUCUGUCCUUCUACACUGUCUCCGACACACACAGGCUCACACACUUACACACGUUUCACUCCACGUUUACUGAGCGCCUUUAUGCUGGAUUUGGCCUCUAUCAUGGCUCCACAGUGUCUCUGUGUUAGUUUCAACUUUCUGGGAAUAUGUCAGUAUGAGAAGCAAUUCAUUGACAAACAUUUAAACUAGGGAUGUAACAUUCACCAUGAGCCUGUUGAUAAUCGAUUAUAAUAUGUGACCAUUCAAGUCGGUUGAGAUGUAAAAUUUAUCUAAAUAUAUGUUUUGAACAGCAGGGGCCGCUGUUUUUAUAGCAAACUUGGAAAACAUGGAUAUGCUGAUAUUUCUCAAAUGUAAAAAAAUUCAAGAAAAGCACAGACAAUGUCAAAUAAUUUAAUUUAACUGCAGUUUUUACAAAUUAAAACAAAUUCCAAAUAAAAAUUAAUAAGACAAUAUUAAUACAAUAUCAUUCAAAGCAUACAUUUAUUCAUUUGAUUCAGGUUGUAAAAACUGAAGUUAAGUUUUAUUAUUUGACAUAAAAUACAUUUUGAUUUUACAAAGAAAUAUGCAGCUUUUGAGAAAUAAUAGAAGGGCAGACGUUCGUUUCUAAUUAAUCUAAAGUCAUUUUAUAAAAAUAAACCGUCAAUUGAGCUUUGUAUUGUGAAUCGCAUCGUGUCAUGAGCUGAGCAUAGUACGGGGUAUGAUACCCCAGGCAUCAGAUAAUUCUAAAUGAUGUUAUUUCACCUACCAAUGAUGAUGCAUUACAACACUCUUUUUUGGGGAUAUGUCUUAUCUCAAGGUUCACAGACAGUCGAGGUGGACAUUGAUGAUUUCUGAAAAGAUUUAAACAGUUAUGAUCAUUUCUGCCAUAUAUGUAUAAGAGACUGAACCAGUUUAAUUAAUUCCUUACUUAGAUGUGCUGGUAACUUUGUCUUUUUAUGUAGCAAUGGCAAACUUUCUUUAUAGAGCAUAUUAUACAACUUUUUGUAAAGUUAUUUAGGUUGCAGUCCUUAUAGUGAAUAUUAGUGAAUAUACUAAUAGUAUUAACACCUCUUAAAUAGAUAUUGAUUUAAACUAGCUAUACAACUAUUAACCUUACACUUUCUUUUGGUACUAUGUUCAUGUCCACAGUUUUCUUGUAGAAAAAGAUUAGAAGGUACUAUUUUAUUAUUUGUAGAAAUGUGACGUUUACAUUAAAUUUCACUUUUCAUUUUUAUUCAAUAAAAUGUGUAUAUAACUUAAUCUAUCCAUAGCUUCUUUUCUAUCAAAUUCUACAUGUCCUAAAAACCAGCAUGACGCAGGACACAGAAAGAGAAAUGUUAAACACUAUUCUGCAUUCUUUAGGUCCGUUUAAUGACACAGGAUGGAUAUCUGUCAUAAAAAGCUCCCAAAUGGCACAAAAGCACCAUCAAAGUUUCAAAUGAAUUAGUUUAUACAACCAAAGCACUUUAUUCUGUCUUUUAAAGUCAUUUUUAUGAUAUUGUCAUUAAAUAAA